UCGCGGGAGGCGGGGCGGUGGGAGGUGCUUCCGGCGGGCGAGGGGCCGCGGCGGGGCCUGGCGCGCGGGGACGAGCCGAGUCGGAGUCUCCAUGGCGCUGAGCCUGGACCGCGAGGCCUAUUACCGCCGCGUCAAGCGUCUCUAUGGCAACUGGCAGAAGGGAGAGGAUGACUAUGCCAACGUCGACGCCAUCGUGGUCUCGGUGGGGGUGGACGAGGAGAUUGUCUAUGCCAAGUCCACUGCACUGCAGACGUGGCUCUUUGGCUACGAGCUCACCGACACCAUCAUGGUUUUCUGCGUGGACAAGAUCCUGUUCAUGGCCAGCAAGAAGAAGGUGGAGUUCCUGAAGCAGAUCGCCAACAGCAAGGGCAGCGAGAACGCCAAUGGCGUGCCGGCCAUCACGCUGCUCGUGCGGGAGAAGAACGAGAGCAACAAGGGGAACUUUGAGAAGAUGAUCGAGGCACUGAAGGGCAGCAAGAACGGGAAGCGCAUCGGGGUCUUCAGCAAGGACAAGUUCCCCGGGGAGUUCAUGAAGAACUGGAAUGAUUGCCUCAGCAAGGAGGGCUUCGAGAAGGUAGAUAUCAGCGCAGUCGUGGCCUACACUAUCGCAGUGAAGGAGGAUGGGGAACUGAACCUGAUGCGCAAAGCGGCCGCCAUCACGUCUGAGGUCUUUAACAAAUUCUUCAAGGAGCGGGUCAUGGAGAUUGUCGACGCUGACGAGAAAGUGCGGCAUAGCAAGCUGGCAGAGUCGGUGGAGAAGGCCAUCGAGGAGAAAAAGUACCUGUCAGGGGCUGACCCCUCCACAGUGGAGAUGUGCUAUCCCCCCAUCAUCCAGAGCGGCGGCAACUACAACCUCAAGUUCAGUGUCGUCAGCGACAAGAACCACAUGCACUUUGGGGCCAUCACCUGCGCCAUGGGCAUCCGCUACAAAUCCUAUUGCUCCAACCUGGUGCGCACGCUCAUGGUGGACCCGCCCCAGGAGGUGCAGGACAACUACACCUUUCUGCUGCAGUUGCAGGAGGAGCUGCUCAAGGAGCUGCGGCAUGGCGUGAAGCUGUGCGAGGUCUACGCUGCCGUCAUGGAUGUGGUGAAGAAGCAGAAACCGGAGCUGCUGAACAAGAUCACCAAGAACCUGGGAUUUGCCAUGGGCAUCGAGUUCAGAGAGGGCUCCCUCGUCAUCAACAGCAAGAACCAGCACCGGCUCAAGAAAGGGAUGGUAUUCAGCAUCAACGUGGGCUUCUCUGACCUGACUAACAAGGAAGGGAAGAAACCAGAGGAGCGAACAUACGCACUGUUCGUUGGGGACACCGUGCUGGUGGAUGAGGACGGCCCGGCCACCAUUCUCACCUCUGUUAAGAAAAAGGUCAAAAACGUUGGCAUCUUCCUCAAGAACGAAGAUGAGGAGGAGGAAGAGGAGGAGAAAGACGAGGCUGAAGACCUGCUGGGGCGCAGCUCCCGAGCAGCAGCACUGCUGACGGAGCGGACGCGGAAUGAGCUGACGGCGGAGGAGAAGCGUCGAGCCCACCAGAAGGAGCUGGCCAUGCAGCUCAACGAGGAGGCCAAGCGGCGGCUGACGGAGCAGAAGGGCGAGCAGCAGAUCCAGAAGGCCCGCAAAUCGAACAUCUCCUACAAGAACCCAUCGUUGAUGCCCAAGGAGCCGCACAUCCGGGAGAUGAAGAUCUACAUUGACAAGAAAUACGAGACUGUCAUCAUGCCAGUCUUUGGCAUCGCCACGCCCUUCCACAUCGCCACCAUCAAGAACAUCAGCAUGUCAGUGGAGGGUGACUACACCUACUUGCGCAUCAACUUCUACUGCCCAGGCAGUGCCCUGGGGCGCAACGAGGGCAACAUCUUCCCCAACCCCGAGGCCACCUUCGUCAAGGAAAUCACGUAUCGUGCCUCCAACAUGAAAACGCCGGGUGAGCAGACUGUGCCAGCCCUCAAUCUGCAGAACGCCUUCCGCAUCAUCAAGGAGGUGCAGAAACGCUACAAGACCCGGGAGGCAGAGGAGAAGGAGAAGGAGGGCAUUGUCAAGCAAGACUCGCUCAUCAUUAACCUGAACCGGAGCAACCCCAAGCUAAAGGACCUGUACAUCCGGCCCAACAUCGCCCAGAAGAGGAUGCAAGGCUCACUGGAGGCCCACGUCAAUGGUUUCCGCUUCACCUCCGUGCGGGGAGACAAGGUCGACAUUCUGUACAACAACAUCAAACACGCGCUGUUCCAGCCUUGUGACGGGGAGAUGAUCAUCGUACUGCACUUCCACCUCAAGGUAGGGCCCCUGUGCCCCCAGGAACCAUCUCCGGGCCUGAUCUUGCCCUGUUCUGUGCGGGGCUGGGGAGGUCUCUUGCAGGGUUUGACCCGGGGGCUGGUGUGGGGUGUGAGAGACACAAUGGAGCCUUCAUGCCCCCCUCCACUCCUCCAGAAUGCUAUCAUGUUUGGGAAGAAGCGGCACACAGAUGUGCAGUUCUACACCGAGGUGGGCGAGAUCACCACAGACCUGGGCAAGCACCAGCACAUGCAUGACCGCGACGACCUCUACGCUGAGCAGGUGAGAUGUGGGGCAGGGGUAGGCUGCAAUGGAGGGGCAGCCUCCAGGCUGACCUUGCUGCCCCUGCAGAUUGAGUGCGAGAUGAGAGGGGACUGGGCUGAGGGGUCUCUGUCCUUAGGAGGCUGUGCUGACCCUGCAGAUGGAGAGUGUGGGGUUACAUUAGGGGGCUCCUGUCCCCAGGAGACAGGCUGUUGUCCCAGUGCCCCAUGCAGAUGGAGCGUGAGGGUAGGUGGGGGACUCAGAAGGGAGGGAAUCUCCCUGAGAGCCUGGCUGAUGUCCCUGUGCCCCAUGCAGAUGGAGCGCGAAAUGAGGCACAAGCUGAAAACGGCCUUUAAGAAUUUCAUCGAGAAGGUGGAGGCUCUGACCAAGGAGGAGCUGGAGUUCGAGGUGCCCUUUCGGGACCUGGGGUUCAAUGGCGCCCCCUACAGAAGCACCUGCCUGCUCCAGCCGACCAGCAGUGCCCUGGUGAAUUGCACUGAGUGGCCUCCGUUCGUGGUGACAUUGGACGAGGUGGAGCUCAUUCACUUUGAGCGAGUCCAGUUCCACCUGAAGAACUUUGACAUGGUCAUUGUCUACAAGGACUACAGCAAGAAAGUGACCAUGAUCAAUGCCAUCCCCGUGGCCUCCCUCGACCCCAUCAAGGAGUGGCUCAACUCUUGUGACCUGAAGUACACGGAGGGGGUGCAGUCCCUCAACUGGACCAAAAUCAUGAAGACGAUUGUGGAUGACCCUGAGGGCUUCUUCGAGCAGGGGGGUUGGUCAUUCCUGGAGCCCGAGGGAGAGGGCAGUGAUGCCGAGGUUGGGGAGUCAGAGUCGGAGAUUGAGGAUGAGACAUUUAACCCCUCGGAGGAUGAGUAUGAGGAGGAGGAAGAGGACAGUGAUGAAGAUUACUCCUCUGAGGCUGAGGAAUCAGAUUACUCCAAGGAAUCCAUGGGCAGCGAGGAGGAGAGUGGGAAGGACUGGGACGAGCUGGAGGAGGAGGCCAGGAAAGCGGACCGGGAGAGCCGGUACGAGGAAGAGGAGGAGCAAAGCCGCAGCCUCAGCAGGAAGAGGAAGGGCCCAGCCCACAGUUCCAGCCGCCGCAGUUCCCACAGCCGCAGCCCAGGCCGCAGCUCGGGGCCCCCCAAGAAGAAGAGGAAGUAGGCAGUGAACUCUGACCCGCCCCAGCAGCGAAGCCUGGGGCACCAGACCCUGCUCAACAGCCAAUCCCAGGGUGGGGAGGGGGCACCAUGCCCCACCCACAAACUUUUGUCUUUUCCUGUUUUCAAUUUUCCCUGUUUUUGUUUCUUGAGUUUUUCUGGCCAUUUGUACGGACCAAUCAGCUGUGAGAAUUCCAGGCCCCGCCUGCCUGUAACCAUGGACAUGAGCACUGCCAAUGAAGAGGAGGAAGAGGCCUCUCGGAGUAAGGACGCUGGUGUCAGUGAUUGCUCGCCCCAUCCCCUUCACUCCCUCCUGGGGUCCCUCCCUAGUCACCCCCACAUUCCCUUGUGAGGUGUAGGUAUGGCCAUGGCCCAGGCUGCUGCUUUCUCCCCCCGGGGAGUCUCUGGCAAUGGAAUCAUCCCCUCUUUCCCAACAGCUCUGGGGAGACGCAGCCAGCGCAGAGGAUCUCUGAGUGUCUCGGACUUCAUCCUCAGGGUGCUGGUAACCAAGGCGGGGGGUAGACUGUGCAGGGCUGGCACCUACAGGUCCAUCCCAUCCCUGCUGCUGCCUUCCUCAGCACUGGAGGGGUUGGGAGUGGCCCAGCCCUGCCAGGAGCGGGGUGCAUGGGGGGAGUGGUCUAGCCCUGAGAGGAUCCGGCUUCUUGUUUUUUACUCGCCUGGCUCUGUCCCGUAUUUAUCUCGUUUCCUCAGUUGCCAAGUCAAGCCUCUGGUAGGAGAGAUGCUUUUGUUUUGGGGGGUUUUAUCGUGUCAUCUCCCAUGGGCCCCCAUCACCUGCCCCUGCUGCUUGCUGGUGAGGGAGGCCCCUGGGGGGUGAUGGGGCAGGGGAGGGCUCUAAUUUUUUUUCAUAGCCGGUAGCUCUUGGAUUUUCGACUUUGGAGAAUUGAAACAAUAAAAUGUGUUUUUGUAAGUUCA